GGCACGGGAGGCAAGCCCAGGGUGGAGGCAGGGGGAGGGCUAUUGGGACCAGAUGAUGUCAUGGCGGAAGUAAAUAUAUACAAGGGGUCCUUCAGCGAGGUCACAUCAUUUCUCUUGUAGGGGAGGCUGCCGCAGCGACCAGCCAGCACGAGGCGACGAACGCAGAGAAGACGGGAAUUUAGGAGACGCCCGCGCCGAACUUGGACCUGGGAGCAAAGUCAACAAACUUGCGUAGUCCCGCCGUCUUGGGUAAGAAGAGUCCUCUGGCGAGCGGCGACAGACUCAGCUGACAGACUCACUACUUACCGGGGCGAGUUUUUUUUAUACACCUCGGCUUUUGCAGCUGGAAUUUCUCGUGUGCAGGGAAGGAGCGGGCCGCAGGUUCACGGAUGGAACUACCGGGGAGGCUGUACUGUGUUCUACUCGGGCUGAUCGCGCUGGUGUCCCGGGCGAUGCCGACUCCCGUGCCGCCGCUGUCCACAGUCAAGCCCACCGUCAGCCCGCAGCAAGGCUUGAAAUACCUGCAGAAGUUCGGCUACCUGUCGACAGGCACGUCCCAGGCCGGCGGGCUCCAGGCACAGGGAAACCUCAACAAGGCCAUCCGGCAGUUCCAGCGAUUCGCACACAUCAACAUUACAGGCGAGCUUGACGAGGCGACGCUGGAGAUGAUGACGAAGGAGCGGUGCGGCGUGCCGGACAUCGUGGGGACGGCCAACAGCGCCAGGAAAAGGAGAUACGCUAUACAGGGAAGCAGAUGGCGCAAGCACGACCUCACCUACAGGAUAUCCGCCUACACUCAGGACCUACCCGCCUUCGAAGUGGAAUCGGCCGUGGAAAAAGCAUUUCAGGUGUGGGCCAAGCACACGCCUCUAACGUUUACCCGGAUCUACUGGGGGCGGCCGGACCUGGACGUGAAGUUCUCCGUGGGCGAGCACGGGGACGGCAACCCGUUUGACGGCGCCGGCGGGGAGCUGGCCCACGCCUUCUUCCCGCAGUACGGCGGCGACGCGCACUUCGACGACGGGGAGACCUGGACGGUCCGCACGCCCGGAGGUACGGACCUGUUCAUCGUCGCCGCGCACGAGUUCGGGCACAGCCUGGGCCUGGGGCACUCCGACGUGCGGGGCUCGCUCAUGGCGCCGUUCUACCAGGGGUACACCCCCGCCUUCACACUGCCGCCGGACGACGUGGAGGGCAUACAGAACCUAUACGGAGUGGCUGACAUCGACCGGCCCAGCCCCCACCCGCGGCCCCGGCCCCCGUCCAACGACGUGGACGUGCCCGACUACGACGCCAGAGGCACGGUGGACCCCACCACCUGCUCCGGGCACCUGGACGCCAUCACACGCACCAAGAACGGAUCCACAUACGCCUUCGCAGGAGAGUUCUUCUGGAGACUGAACGACAUCGGCCCUGAUCCCGGCUACCCCAUGAGAAUACACGACAUCUGGGGCGUCGUCGGACCUAUCGACGCCGCGCUCUUCUGGCCAAGUACCGGCAAAACAUAUCUCAUCAAGGGCGAAAGGUACUGGCGGUUCACCAACGCGGUGCUGGAUGAAGGCUACCCCGCCAGUAUGGAGAGGUUCCGCGGGGUGCCGACCAACGUGGACGCCGCCUUCGAGUGGGGUCGAAACGGGAAAACCUACUUCAUCAAAGGUAACCAGUACUGGCGGUACUCCAAAGGCUGGGGAGUGGACGACGGGUACCCGCAGCCGCUGUCCGUGUGGACAGGACUCCCCGACAGGAUAGACGCCGCCUUCCAGUGGAAAAACGGCAAAACCUACUUCUUCCAGGGUGGCCGCUACUGGAGAUUCGACGACGACAAUUUGAGGGUUGCUGAGUCCGACCCGCAGUACCCCCGCAGCACGGCAGAGUGGUGGCUGGGCUGCCCCAUACAGCAUGAGCCUGACUGGGUGGGUUCCCAGGACGGACAGGCACCGGGCACGGACAGCACCGACCAGCCCGCGGACGGAGCCGAGGACCAAAGGGUGAACGGGCUGACGGGAGGCAGCGGCGCGUCGCGCGCGUCUUGGCGGGCAGGCCUGACGUCGUUGUGCGUUCUAUUAUCACUGUGGCUUUCUCGGACGAUACAAAACACGCACUGAUGAUGACCACCUGUAGUAGUCCUCAAUAAUUCUUCACGUCGUAACUGUCAUUCUUCAACAGUUAGUUAGUUCUCCAUACAAAUCAUUCGGGCCAGUAGUAGAUGUACAAAUGUGACUAAUCUCCAAGCAGAUCUUUCGGUACCUGCAAAGACUUAGUAUCAAAAUGACCGACAGUACCCGUUUGCCAAACAGUUACCAUUUGGUUUGAUGAGUACAGAUAAAAAGAUACUAGUACAAAAAGAGCAAAGCCAUCGACAGUCUCUUACGAGACCGAGAAAUGCCUACUACAAAAAGAAAGUUCGAUAAAAAUGCCUAAAAACACGUCAACAUAAUUCGAAGCCUAAACCUCUGCUUGGAGAGUAAACGCGAGUAAGGCGUGACGAUAGCAACGUGUAAUGUGACUGUAGACAAAUCACACACAAUGUGUGCGGACACAUGGAAGGGCUAGAUAGGGUUAUACACAACUCACCUGUAAAUAGUGUACAUUUUAACUUGGGUGUGAGUACAUCUCUGUUUGCUGAAUAAUUGUCUCGGUGUGACCAACACAUAGGUAGCAGCACAGUCAGACAAGCCCUCCUCUAGACUCCUAUAGGACCUGACAAUACACGGCAGAAAGUGACCAAUUACAACUGUAUUUAGGACAAACGAUUAACUUUCGACUUAACAUAGGAAGUUUUUAUCCAAACUGACUGGUAAACUUCGUGAUAGGUUGGAACUACAGGAGCAAUUCGACCAGUAAGAGAGUCAAUUUUUUUUCUAAUUUAUGCGUUUUCUUUUCGAUUUCAAUUUCUUUGUUUCUUUUGAUUCUGCAUAGCUGCGACUUGAUGGGGCAAGCGGACUUUUGUCGUUAAAUUUCCCCUAUUUUUAGUAAGUUAUUUAGACUUAAGUAGGACGACGCUGUACUUUCCUCACUUUCUAUUGAAAGCAGAGUAUUUUUGUAACGCAUGUUUUGCAGUGCGCUGCUCGGCACGCUACUAGCUGACUGUAGAGACUGUCCAUAGCUGUACAUUUAAGCCCCUGAACGGGUUGCAGUGAAAUUGUCCCGUCAUUUUCGAUGUUCUGUAUCCCUUUGUGAUGAAAUCUUAUGUUAUUAGGUAAGAGCUAAGUGACCUAAUGUAAGGGACGUUUUCUAAAAUAGGUAAAGCAGCCUGAAUCCGUGAACAGGCCAGUACCCUGCCUCUGUGAGUGUGAACCGUGUAUUUGAUGUAUUACUUAAAUAUAUUAUUUUGAUUCAAACUAGAGUUUUCAAAAUGUCGGUUAAACGUAUGAUCUCCCAAGUAUGUCUGUGUAUUUAAAUGAUUUUGCUAGAAGCAUAGAUCGUUAUACGGUAUGAGUAAGACUAGGAGAAGCUUAUGUGUGUUGUAGGUAUGAUAGCUGUGCUUUUGCUGGGCUGGACCCAUCGUUACAUUAGUUCAUUUGUGUUCGUCGUAUAUGUGGAUAUCUUCAGUAAGUAGGUCUGUUUCCCAACUGGUAUUCUGUACGUGAAAUAAAGAUGAUUAAACUUGUUCUUUAC